AAAUAAUAUGUUCAAUCGUUCCCCGCGUUUGUCAAAGAAUUUCCCAAGUCGUUGUAGCUCGACGACAUCUCGACAAAAAACCACUCCAGACUGUUUCGUGCAUGGUGCCGACAUCGAUGCUAAGGCUGUUGCUACCGUGAACUCGAUUUUCUGGCUGGUCGAAGGCCAUGAUAGCGCCCACCAUGGUCGUGUCCGCGAAGAAAGCGUCGACCGACUCCGAAGUCGAUGGCAAGGCGAGUCCUGGGCAGCCGGCAAAGCCGCGCAAGCGCGUUCCCGCCGAAAUAUGGGAAACCAAGCGUCCUAUCAUCACCCGGCUGUACCAGGAAGAGAAAAAAUCAUUGAAAGAGGUCAUGGAAACCAUGCAGCGUGACUAUCAUUUUGUCGCCACUGUCAAGAUGUACAAGUCGAGGAUAUGGAAAUGGGGCCUCGACAAGAAACUCAAGGGGGACGAGGUCCUGGCCAUCAUGCUCCUCAAGCGGGACCGAGACAUGUUGAAGAAGCCGACAGAGUUCAGGAUACGUGGGCAGCCUGUAGACCUGGAGAACAUCAGCCGGUAUCUGAAGCGUAACCCGUCGUUGAUGGCCAAGUUCAAAGCAGGCCAAACGCCCAGUGUGCAGACAGCCCUCGAGGUGACUUGCCGAACUCCUUCGCCGCCCCCAAGUCCGGCGAGAGCCCUGGCACCGACGAUGGAGAUGCAGAGUACGGAACAAGUGCUGUGCCUAUUCCGAGACUAUAUCGACGGGUCCUUCUCCUCGGGGGGUUGGCGGUGUGAAUUUAAUGUCGACUGUUCCAACAGCCGGUCCAACCAGGGAGAUCGGAGUAACGAUUUGUUCGAGAGGGUCAUUGCAAGCUUUGCUUUAGUGAAUCGCUGCAUGAUCAGGGGUGACCAAAUCAACAUCAACAGUGUCCUCGGUCCAGCUUUCGAAUCGCUCAAGGAGAUCGUGGCCGCCGAGAGCCCGGACUUUGUUGCCCGUACGGUCUGCUUGCUCUGGUACCUAGACCGACAUCACAAGCACGACCUCCUGAGGCUAGUUCUCGACUACCUGGCCGGGCUCAUCCCCAUCGUUCUAGGACCGCAUCACAUUCUUGCGCACAUCUGGCGCAGACUGGGCGCGACGGAGUUUUCUGAUUACUACGAGCUUUCCAUGCGGCUGUACUCGCUGCUUCUUCCCGACAUCGAAGAGCGUGUAGGGUCGGCCAACUACCUGACGCACCUGUUGUACAGCGACUACUUGGACUGCAUCUUUGCCCGACAAGAUCCGGAAGACUGUGAGGCGAUGCUCAGCGGCCACCGGGCGCGUGCCGAGGCCUCGGGACAAACACACCCAUGGCUGGAUGACAUGGCGCUCUCGCACGCGGGCUUGCUUGCGGCUUGCAAGGAAAGCCAGGGUCGGCUGGACGAGGCAGUGGAAGUGCUGACGACACACAUGAACACAUGCAGCAUGACGGACGAGCAGGAGGCGGCCGUCAACCUCGAGCUCGGAGUCAAGUAUUACCGAAUGGCCAACAUCUCGGCAGCCAUCGCAUCUUUCAAGUCGGCGGCCCGCAUCGCCCUGACUUCGGAUGCAGACGAACGAAUCUCGAUGACGGCAUUGGCGAAUCUGGAAAGGCUCCUCCGGCAAACCGAUAAGAUGGCCAAAGCAGACCGGGUGCAUCAAUAUCGCAUGGAGCGGCUAGCGGCGUUUGCGGAGAAGUCGGUUUCGAUGUCGAAGGGCGUCUCUGGAUACGACGACAACGACAGCGACAGAACUGACGACGUGGAAAACCUGCCCGACUGGCUAUGGAAAUGCGACGACGGCGAAGAAGAUACACCGAGGUGGCUCGAAUUGCCACCGAUUGGCUGGGCUGGUAAGGCGCCGACAACUUCGUUCACUGGGGUUGCAGGCAGCGGUUUGGAAUGGACGAACACAUCGCAGUCUGGGUCGCCAGCCGUGCUCUCGACAGAAUAUUCACCAGGCUUGAAGGACCAAGCCAUCGAUCCCGAAGUCGAGUACUUGUACCGACACGACGGAGAGGGCAGGUAGAUGUGGGUGGUGCUAGAUCGACUGGCGGCAGCCCGGGUUUCCAGCGCCGUCUGUCGCCUUGCAUUUGAAGAACUCAGAAUCCAGUCUCUGUCGCAGACCCUCUCUGUGCGCCUGGCGAUGGUUCUGAUAGGAAUCCAUAGAACACCGACUUUCUGUCGGAUGGCCUUCGCAGGAGAGGAGGGCGAGAGCAAGGGCCUGUUGGCGCUUGUGAGCGAAGGUGCCUGCCUCGACGAAACGAUGUCCUGUAUCAAAGCACGAUACGGGCUGUUGAGUGGGAUUGCCGACGGAAUUUGCCAGCGCCGGGCUGAUAUGAUAGACGUGAUAAAGUUGCCAUAGCUCUGAAUGCUUCAACGAGGCGGACUGACGUGCGUCUGUCGGAACAGGGCACCUUGUGUUGACGAACGUCCAGAAGAUACGGAGAGUGUUGUUCUACUAUACGCUUUGCUGAGACAAGGAGGGAGAGAAUUCGAUAAGCGGUCAGGGGAGGGAAAAAAGACUCAGAAGGGGAGCAGAGAGAUGGAAGAUGGUAGAAGAGGAAAGAAAGAGGAAGAAUGUCGACGGCAGAGGAAGGAAGGAAGGAUGGCGAGUGAGGACCUAGGGGAAAACCCUUCGGGAAAGAAAUAGAGGGAAGGAAUAGAAACAGGCAACACUCCCCCCUUCUACUCAAGUCCGCGGGAGGUCAAGAGGAGAAACAGCACCCAAGGAAGGAACGGGCCGAGGAAAAGGGAAACACAAACUACCUGGUGCAAAACAGCAGGGUAAAUGUGUAGAGCAAAGGGAAACAAGACAAGAUGAUGAAGCAACGCGACAACAUUUAGGUACCGAGGCAGGCAGCCCGUUUCCCGAUUCCAAACAAAACGAGAAGAGCGGAACUCGGUCAAUGGACAUGACCAAACCGCCAUGGCAACCAGACCUCGUCUUUUGACAUGGUGUACCGGUUUGUCUGGGCGCCCAAUCCAUCUUGGCCGCAUGUCUACUUCCGCUCGUAGGUGUAUCAUGCCAGUGAAUAUAUCUAACCUACCUACCUAGUAUUAAUGUUGCUCGGAGAUGAAGUGAGCCAACUCGAGGGUUCGAUGGAAGCCUACCUACACCUAGGUCGGUUGCCAUCUCAUCUGUAUUGUGUUGCUGCACUCAGCCGAUGGGCCAACUACCUCUUUGGGGGAACGUUGUAUAGAUCUCACCUUCACGCAACAAACAACUACGUGUACUGCAAAACCCCCCUGCAAGAGAGGCUGGCCAUGUUACACCACCAGCAACCCUGUGCUAUUUGUUGUGCCACGGCCUGGGGCAUUACCGGCCUAGACCGGAACCUCGGUGCCGCAACCAGAAAAGAAACCCCAUUCUCCCGAUCCGGCCUCCCCUCCGCCUCCGCACCCCGUGCACAUCCUUUGAGCCCCACAAACCCGGCGACGGAUACCCUGGUGCCCAGAAAUCCCGGGACGAUCGCGGGGAAUGCCCCAAGGUCCUGGCUGCCAUGGUACCAUCUGCUGGCUAGGCCCUGCUCUCAGGAGCCGGCCGUCCUCCCUGUUGA